ACAAUGGCCAGACUGUUGCAAGCUGCACCCAAGUUUCAUCCCUCAGAAUGGGACAUUGCAAACAAGAUGCAGCGUGCCAGUACAGAGUCUCAGAAAUCCAGAUCAGAGCGCAUGAUAGCUGAGAGUCGGGGCCUGCUGGAUGAAACAGAAAAGACAACUCAGAAAACCCAAAGUGAUGUCAACAAGAGAAUAGAACAGAGAUGGGAAGAAAUAAAAUUCUGGAGGCAAGAAUUAGAUAACAAACUUGAACAAAUCAUUCAUGAGACAGAGGUACUGUUGACUUUCAAGUCCAGGCUGGAGAAAUCUUUGGAGAGCUGCAAAGAACCACUCGUAAUUGCCCAAAAGUGUCUCCUGAACAGGCAGAGGCGAGCUGGGAUUGACUUGGUGCAUGAUGAAGUGGAACAGGAACUGGUGAAGGAAGCUGAAGUCCUCCAGGGGGUUAUUGCUUUGCUUGGACGUACAUUGGAGCAAACCAAUGAGCAAAUCAGACUAAACCGUUCAGCAAAAUACAACCUGGAAAUGGAUCUAAAGGACAAGUUCACAGCUUUGAUGAUUGACGAUUACUGUGCUAGCUUGACAAACAACACUCCUGGUAUCAGAUAUGCUGAUAAUACAGUGAAAAGAGAAGGAAAUUUUGUUAGCCCUGAAGAAUGGAUAGAUUUCUCAAACAUAAAUGUUGAAAAGGCUGACAAGCAGAGAAACAAUUCUUUGGCACUGAGGGCACUGAUUGACAGCAUCCUCUCACAGACAGCGAAUGACAUGCGCAAGCAAUGUGAGAAAGUGAAUGUCACGUUUAGAAACAGGGUGAAGGAGGUUAAGGAUGCCAAGCACAAGCUAGAGAUACUCCUUGCAAUGGUGAUGGAUGAGUCUGCCUCGCAGGAGAAGAACAUUGCAGCCUUAAAGAAAGCAAUCGCUGAUAAAGAAGGACCUGUUAAAGUGGCUCAAACCCGCUUGGAAGCAAGAAACCAUCGCCCCAAUGUGGAAUUGUGUUAUGACACAGUGCACUACAGCCUGAUUAGUGAAGUUCAAGAGAUUACAAAAAAUAUUCAAAGAUUAAAGGACACACUGGCACAGGCUCAGACUGCAUUGAAAGGUCUGAGCCGCCGACAGCUUUCCUUGGAGGAGGAGAUCCAGGUCAAAGAGAAUACACUGUACAUUGAUGAAGUGCUCUGCAUGCAAAUGAGAGAGUCUGUUUACAUUAAAAACUUCUGA